GCGGCCCUUAGUGAUAGCCUAGUGACUGAGCCUUGGUUACCGCAGCUUCAUGCGUUUCCUGGCCCAGGUUCUCCGCCGUGCCCGCAACCUGCUGCUUCAAGCCGAGACCAGGCUGGUCGGUAUGUGCGCGGGGGUGAGCUCCACGUACGCCGGGCCUCACCUGCUCAGGCUGCCAGCCGUGCCGGGCUACGAGCCCUCCAAAAGCAACGAUAUGCUGUUCUGCCAUGCGCAGGAGCUGGGGCACAGGCCGCAUCAUGUCAUUUAUUUCCCAGGGGAUGUGCAGAAUUAUAGGGAUGUCAUGGCAAGUCAUUCAGAGAAUUACCGUUGGAAGCGCUGGAGUCUUGAAGACACUGCUGCACUGUUAUCUCGCCGUUUUCACACCAGCCAUAUCUGGAUAGUGAAACCUUCCCGUAUGCAUCUGCACAAGUUUAGCUGUUAUGACAACUUUGUUGAAAGUAACAUGUUUGGUGCACCAAAGCACAGUGGGGAGCUGCUUGCUUUCAGACAACUUCUUUCAUUGCUUGUGAAUGCUUUCCCAGUGGCACAGAAUGUUCUGAUGUCUCAGAGUAACAAAUAUGGUGUUAGUAGAGACUAUAAUAUAUCCUCUUUUGAUGCCAGCCCCUCACAUGCAGAAAAUGGCUGUCACUCGGAAAGAAAAAGUGCAUCAAAUUGCCCUGAAUACUUUACAAGUCAUUUUGGUUCGCCGUUUAUAAGAGAUUCUUUAUCGUUUACUGUAAUCGGAUUCAGCAAAGGCUGUGUGGUAUUAAAUCAACUGCUUCAUGAGCUCCAAGAAGCGCAUCAAGAUAAAGAUGUUAAUUCUUUUCUUGCAAACAUAGAAUCUAUGUAUUGGCUGGAUGGUGGCCACUCUGGAGGAAGUGAAACGUGGAUCUCCCGACCUGAUAUUUUGAAAGUGUUUGCUCAGACAGAGAUUGCAGUUCACACCCAUGUCACUCCAUACCAAGUGAGUGACUCAAUGAGAUCUUGGAUUGGAGAAGAGCACAAGAAGUUUGUACAGAUUUUGAAAGAAUAUCGAGUAACUGUUGAUAACCACUUACAUUUUAUGUAUGAAAUCCCUUCCCUGGAUAAUCAUUUCAGAGUUCAUGAAGUAUUCUGAAACCGUUAAGAGUAAAGGUUAAUCAUAAAGUUGAAUCAAAGAAAAUAACUUAGCUUCACUGUGCAGAGAGAAAGCAGUAGUCAGUCUAUGCAAACCAGAUUUUUAAAAGUUGGAUGAUAAUGGAAAUAAAUAAGCUAUAAUAGUCUGCCUACAGCAUGUAUUAAUCAUACUACUGUAAGAAAUUAUGAUUACUGAACUAUUUUAUUUGAAGAGCUUAUCUAUAUUAAUUGUGUUCUGUUUAAAUAUAAAAUGUAGUGUAUCCAUAUCCAACCAUGUUUCAGAUAAAGGUCACUGUGAUUAAAGGGACAAUCAAAGCACCCUCACAUUUGCAGUCUGUUGCGGUGGUUGUGAUUCUAGGAGACCAUGUGUGCAGUUCUUUCAGUUUUUGACAAAGUUCUUGUUGAACCUUUUGCCCCUAAAGUUAUGCUUCCGACUUGGGUACUUUUGCCUUAAAUUUGAAAUUCAAUUUGAAUUUUCACUUUAGUAAAUACAGCUGGCAUCCAUAGCAUUCUUGAAUCACUACCAUUAUAUUUACUGAAUAUGGUGAUUAGCAAUUUAAGAAUUAAUUUGAACAAAAUGUUUUUGGGAACCUAUUUUCAGUUUAUAAUUUGUAACAGGUGAGCUUCUAGAUCAGGUUUUAUUUUACAUUAAAACACUGACAAUUGCUUGUGAACAUUAACAUUGUAAAAAUCAAAACCUGCAGUUGGAGUUUUUACAAACUUUAAAAAUC